AUGCGGGCUCAAGAGAUCUUUUUCCGAUUAUGCAAAAAGUGGAACUACGUGCUCUGCGAGAGCUAUGAUGGCGCGCACGGCGAGGCGGUGGCCGCCGCGCUCUACAAAUUGAACUUGCUUGGAGUGUACGGCAACCCAUUGGCACGGGGUUUGGGCGACUCAGGAGAUGUGGUCGAUUUCGAUAGGUUGGCAAACGAGGGCAUGGCGUUUCAGGCCAAAGACAUAGGUGGUAGUGGUCGGAAGGGCGUCGACGCUGUAUUAAACGACACAAUCAAGAAUCAGGUCAGCAUCAUGGGGGUGCGCAUUGUGGACCCUGAUGACCGGCGCCUCUCGCUCACGGGCGACGUCCUGUUCUUUACUCAAAUAUUAGUGCUGCCCGAACUCAAUCGGUACGACGCCGAAAACCCAGGCAUCUUCGACGUGAUAGCAGGCAUGGACUCCAUCGGCGCCACGAACAAGCAUCUACACGCGGCCAUGAAGCUCGGAAAUCUUGCGCUCAAGCUCCAACGGCUUCGCUCGCACCGAGACUGGCGCCGCGACAUCAUGGACGUCCUCGUGCGUGUCGCCAAAUUGAGGUCCGUCGAGUGGUUGCGCGCCAAACUGGUGGAGCUCAUGCCGAUUGCGCCCGCCCUCCUAGAACGCCGGCCGGUUUCCCUGGCGACGUCAUUGAGAGGAGAUGAUCUCAUCCGAUGGUUCGAAGACGUGUUACUGUGCCUGCCGCGCAACGGGGUACAGGCGACGCUAGACUACAUUGCCGAGGAGAACCGGUCCUGGGACGCGGCCCUGCGGGGCGCAGCGACGUGCCGCCCUUUCGAGCCGCUUGGGCCACUCGCGUCGGCCGACACGGUCGAGGCGGACCUCCUGCGCGAGUUUCCGUGCCUCAGCCAAGCUCACGCGUGGACCAUCGCCAAGAACGCGGUCAAUGCGGCGCGUGCGUGUCGCGUCUGGCACCGCGACGGCUGUUUCGAGGCGCGGGAGCCGCAGGGCGCUAUGGACCGGUUCCUCGCGCGAGGCAGCCGCGCCCCCUCGCCGCCGCCGUCCGCGGCGGCGCCGGCGCCGGCGCCCAAGGGCAUGGAUCGGUAUAUGCAGAAGCAGAAGCCGCCGCCGGUGCCGCCGCCGCGGGCACCUAAAAAGCCAAGCGGCAUGGAGCCGUUCGUAACGCAGAAGAAGCCCCGCGUCGCGGCCGCGCCGCCCGCGUCGCCGGGCGCCGUCGCAGCCAUAGCGGGGAUGCGCAACUUGGACGAGGCGCCGCCGGCGUCGCCCGGUACUUUGGCGCUAAUCGACGCGAUGGAAGACCGCGAGGCCGGCGCGGCGCCGGCGCCGGCGCCUUCUUCGCCGGUCGCCCCGCCCGCGUCGCCGGCCGCGCCGCCCGCCGCCGCGCCGCCGCCGCAAUCGCCAGCGAACGACGCCGCGGCCGAGGGCGAAAACUCGUGGACCUGCCCCGCGUGCACCUACCGGCACGUAGAGGCCGAGGCGGGCUUCCUGGCGUGCGCCAUGUGUGGGGCGACGAAGGUCGACCUGGACCCGGACGACGUCGCCUAGUCCAGCCGGACGGGUGGGCCCGGGGGGAGCGGGAGGGGUACGGGG